ACCGAGAUAGCGGAAGCGGUAUUUUAGUGAGAGAAAGUGCGUAUUAAAGGGACUCGUGGAGGCUUUGUUCGUGCGAUGCGUGGAGGACAGGUGACACAGCAGAAAUGGCGAAUUCUUCUUCGUUCUUCAAAUGGCGGAUCGUAAAGCUUCUCUGUUCUUAUAAACCCUAACCGUUUUCAUUAUAUUACUCUUGUUGUAUCUUCAUAUUUCUGUAAUUUUUGUUCUUCAAUACACUCGAGAGAUCUGUAUAUAUUCAGGAAUGGCGGAGGUGGCGAAACUGCUGUAUAUAGUGGUGGUGGACGAGGAGGAGAAGAAUGAAAAAGGGAAAGAGUCGUUCCGAUAUACGCGUCCGGUUUUGCAGAGCACUCUGCAACUCAUGGGAUGUAAAGCACGUCAUGCUUUCAAGACUAGCCAAAGGGUUUUUGAGCUGAUGAGGAAUGAACCUUCGAGUGAUGUUCUACUUCCAAAAGAAGCGGCGGUAAGUGGGGUUGAUGCUUCAAAAGGAAGUGGGUGGAAAGAUUAUGGAACCAGGAGCCUAUCGUUCGAAUUAUACAAAAGGCGCACAACUGUUAUUGUUAGAAGAGAAACUUUCAUAAAUGUUGUUUGCGAUUCUCUGAAUGAAUACAAGUAUGUAGGUCCUAACCAGAGGGCAGACUUGGUUUUGGCAUGUAGAAUUCGGGAAAGGAAGGAAUCUGUAACUGUGCUAUUGUGUGGCACUAGUGGCUGUGGCAAAUCUACUCUGUCUGCAUUGCUGGGUAGCAGAUUAGGAGUUACUACGGUAAUAUCAACAGACUCUAUUCGGCACAUGAUGCGGAGUUUUGUUGAUGAGAAGCAAAAUCCUCUGCUUUGGGCUUCAACAUAUCAUGCAGGGGAGUAUUUGGAUCCUAAGGCAGUUGCUGAAGCAAAGGCCAAAAAAAAGGCAAAAAAAUUGGCUGGCAUUGCAAACUCACGUCCCAAGGACGAAGUAUGUGAUAGUUCAUCCAUGAUGAAAUCUGAUAGUCAAGCACUGGAUAUGGGUUCUUGUGCUUCUGAAUAUAUUAGUCCUAAACAGAUGGCAGUUGAAGGAUUCAAGGCACAAAGUGAGAUGGUGAUUGACAGUCUUGAUCGUCUGAUAACUGCAUGGGAGGAGAGGAAAGAAUCAGUUGUUGUGGAGGGGGUUCACUUAAGCCUUAACUUUGUGAUGGGGCUAAUGAAAAAACAUCCUUCAAUCAUACCAUUCAUGAUAUAUAUUACAAAUGAAGACAAACACUUGGAACGAUUUGCUGUUCGUGCAAAGUAUAUGACGUUGGAUCCAGCUAAAAACAAAUAUGUGAAAUACAUUCGAAACAUCAGAACAAUCCAAGAUUACCUUUGCAAACGGGCUGAUAAACAUCUUGUUCCCAAAAUCAAUAACACAAAUGUUGACAAGAGUGUAGCAGCCAUCCAUGCAACGCUUUUCAGCUGCCUUCGCAGGCGUGAGGCAGGGGAGCCACUUUAUGAUCCUGCCACAAAUACAGUUGCUGUCAUUGAUGAGGAGUACAGGAACCAGCGUGCUGCCAACUCAAUGAGCUCUAAAGGGAUGUUUCAACUUAUCCAGAGGAAAGGUUCUUCUAGGCAUUUGAUGGCUCUUGUUAAUACUGAUGGGUCUGUGGCAAAGGCAUGGCCUGUUGGUUCUGUGGAUAGUAGUGGGAAGCCUGUGUUGGGUUGUGGAACUUAUAAUGGAAUAGGGAUCCCUAUGUAUGGACCAUUGCAGAUUGGUAAAGCUGAACCAGUUAAUCUUCAGUUUGGACACUUUGGAAUCAGUGCUUGGCCCAGUGACGGUGGUACUAGUCAUGCUGGAAGUUUUGAUGAGUCAAGGGCUGAUUGGACCGAUACUGGAAGUAAACACCAUUCUUCUUGUUGUAGCUCUCCUCGGAUGUCUGAUGGACCUGCCAAGGAGCGCAAGGAGGAACAUUCAGUGCAUGGCAGUGAUGAGGAAGUCGAUGAUCCACCAGAGAUGGACAGUGAUGAGGAUUAUAGUGAUGAUGAUCAACGUGUCCAUGAAGAGAUCGGCUCAGUUGAUGAGGAGUCCACAAAAUCUGAUGAAGAGUAUGAUGACCUCGCAAUGCAGGAUGUGCUAGAGAAUGGGUAUUGGUCAGACGAUGAGGAGUCAAAAGAUAAGCACGCGCAGAAUCUAGACCGAUUCGUGAGAACUAAAAGUGAGCCAAUGAGGGAGCCAUUUUGCUCGUACCCUUCUCUACUUGUGGAAAAGGCUGGAAGAAGAUUGUCCAACUCUGGCAGCUUCAAAAUGAGAAAACGCUCCCUUAGCAUCCCAGCCAUAGGCAAGCAUGGGUCUGUGGCUAGUGGCCCAAUUCUUUCUGGAACUCCACACAGAUAGUAGUUCACUUUGUGCCAACUUGUGGUUUUCUCACCUUUUUCUUUCUUUUUUACCCCCUAACUUCUUUCCGAGAGUAAUCUGGUGAUUCACACAUCCUUGUUUAUAGUAAUGCACGGUACAAUUGUAUGACUUGGAACGUUUUUUUUUUUAUUUGGUUUUAUCUUUUUGUGUUCUCUUUUCUGUGCAAGUAAUUAAGCAAAAUGGAAAUGGUUCUGAUUGAUUAUGAUAUGGAGAUUUUUUCCGUAAA